CAUAAUUGAAGAAGACACACACACACACUUGUCAAUUAAUUAUUAGUUUAUGAGUUGUUUUAGUGAUAUCCUUUUGAGCAGAUUUCAGUCAGAUAAUUUCAGUUAGGCCAACACCCUCUUUGAUCGAUCCCCAAAAAACAUGACUUUCAAAGGUCCCACAGACAAAAUGAAAAUUUUAAAUCCUUUUAGUUUUGUUAAGCUCCCCAAAAAAAUUCCCCAAAAAAAAAAAAACUUAAAAAGACAUUUAUGGAGGAAUUCAGUGGAAUCCAUCUAGGCAGGCCUAGCUACUUGAAAAAAACCAAAAGAGUAGAGUUUAGAGAUCAUUAAAACAGUAAACCCUACCCACCACUUCAAUUUCUUCAAUCAACUUGACCUUAAAUAUCCCUUCUUUUUUUUUUUUUAAUUCAAACACACCCAUGUAUUGCAGUUUUCUCAUGUCAAUUCAAUUCCUUUUCAUUUGAAUUGAAUUUCACUUUUUGUUAAUACCAUUUUUCUUUCUCCCAAUCUCUAUAGCUUUCAUGGAGCCUAAAAGAUGUUGGAUGAUGUGGGAAAAGAAGAAGAAGAAGAAGAAUUUGAUUACUACUUCUUCUGAUCAUCAUUUUCUUCAAGCAACAACCACAAUCAAAUCUUCUUCUUCUUUUGAUGAUUCUUGGGAAGAACAGGCUUUCGCUGACGAUGCUGCUGGUCGUCUUGGUGGUUGCGUUUGGCCACCGAGAUCCUACUCUUGCAGCUUUUGCAAAAGGGAAUUUCGGUCUGCGCAAGCCCUAGGUGGUCACAUGAAUGUUCAUCGACGCGACCGUGCUAGGUUAAAGCAUGAAUCUUUCAAACCCCAGAUUGAAACCCAUCUUCAAAUUCCUCCAACUCUUCAUCAACAAGUUUGUGAUGAUAAUUUGGUCUUUAGCCCUAACCCUAAAUCUUCUUCAUCAUCUUUUUGCCUCUCAACUUUUCCUUCACAAAACUUGGUGGAAUCUGAUCUUACCCCUUUAACAACAACAGCAGCAACCCUUCAUAAAUGGCAUCAAAGUUCAGACCUUUCUCAAAAAACAAGUGAUGAUAAUGAUCUUCUCAGGGAUGAAGAAGCAGCGGUUUUUUGCAAUAAAAGAAAGAGAACAUCUGAUCAUUCGCCAUCGUCUACAGUGGCGUUCAUUUUCCGAUCAGAGGUAAUUGGACUUAGCCAUAGCUCUGUCGAGGAUUUGGAUCUUGAGCUCCGCCUCGGUGGUGGCCGGCCAAAGCUAAAAUAAAAUUGCACCGUUGUGUGUGACUUUAUGAUCUAUAGUUUGUUUUUCUCUUUGUUGUUUCCAAUUUCCUUCUGGAAUCUUUUUUUUUUUUUUCUGAUCAUGUCAGUUCUUGACUACUACUCCUUUUCUCUAUCAGCAAGAUUGUAGAAAAUUUUAACAAUAUUGCUCACACAAGGAGAUUGAAGAAAGGCAAAAAAAAAAAAAAAAAAAAAAAUUGAAACUUUAAUUUCUUGUUUUGAAUAAAAUACGCAAUAGAGAUAUAUACAACAUUUGUAAAUUAGGUGAAUAUCGAUCAAAGUGAGAAUAUUUACCAUGGAAUAUUUAAGAGUUUGUGUUUCGAUCA